GCAGGGAAGCCUGAAGCCUGGCGAGCAGAAGCAGGCAGCAGGCAAGGAAGGAGGUUAGUGCGCGACGCGGCGCAAGCGGAGGAACGAGACGAGGCGAGACGAGGCGAGGCGUGAGAGGACCCAGGCUACGCGCUACCCACGGACCGGUUCCUCGUCGUCCACGUUUGUUCACUGCGAUUGUCGCGGUGCAAGACGAUAACAUAACCGGGGACCGCAACGUCGAGGCACAAUGGGAGGGUUUGCGUGGGUGACUUUGGCGACCAAUGACUCGUAUUCUCUGGGAGCUCUUGUGCUGGCUCAUUCCCUUCGUAGAACGGGCACAGUUCAUCAGAUAGCAGUGUUGAUUACACCUGGAGUGACACCCUCUAUGAGGGAGAAGCUUGGAGCUGUUUUUGAUUCUGUAACAGAAGUAAAUGUAUUGGACUCAAAAGAUGCUGCCAAUCUGGCCUUAUUGGCACGACCUGAUUUGGGCAUUACCUUCACAAAACUACAUUGCUGGCGCCUUACUCAGUAUGACAAGUGCUGCUUCCUUGAUGCAGACACAUUGGUUAUUCAAAACUGUGAUGAAUUAUCUGAGCGAGAGGAGCUCUCAGCAGCCCCAGACGUUGGCUGGCCAGACUGUUUCAACUCCGGUGUUUUUGUAUUCAAGCCAUCAUUGGAAACAUUUAAGUCACUAAUGACCUUCGCUCUACAGUUUGGAAGUUUUGAUGGUGGUGACCAGGGUUUAUUAAACUUGUAUUUCAAGGACUGGGCUCACAAGGACAUCAGCAAACACUUGCCUUUCAUUUACAACAUGUGUUCAACUGCAUGUUACUCAUAUCUUCCAGCCUUUAAACAAUUUGGUACCCAAGUUAAAAUUGUUCAUUUUAUUGGUGCCUCCAAACCAUGGAUUUGCUACCUUGAUUCAGAAUCAAAAGAAGUACAAGCUCCUAGAGAAUUUAGCCAUGUCCAAUCAUUUUUGCAGUUUUGGUGGGACCUAUUCUGUCAAAAUGUUCACUCUUCACUUUCUCCCAGUAUGCACGUUGACUCCAGCUUCUUCGAGUCUCCGCACUCACACCCUGCUCACCAUGACCUAGGCCCUGCCCUGCCCUCCCGUAGUAAUCCUACUGCAAUGUUUGUUGAUCCUUGGGAAAGCUAUUUCGAAAGAUUGCAACAAGAAUUGCAAAAUGAAAAGCGCCAUCAAGACUGGCUGGAAGUGUUGAACAAGGAUGAAAGACAACGAGGAUGUGAAGAUUUCCAGCCAAACACCACUCAAUAUUACUCUGAGAGUGGUCGCCAAGAUGCCUUGAAUAUGCCUUACCAUUAUGAGAGCAAUGAAGCCUCUGUGCAUCACCAUGAAAGUGACCAAGCUGGCGCACAUUGGCACGACCCAGGACACAAACAUGGAGAAAGACCUCCAGAACAAGAGCAGUAUAACUUCCACUCCGACCCCCCACCCCAACAUUUCCCUUCCAAUAAUUAUAACAAUGUGUGUGAGGACCACCAAUCCCACCAGCCAGUGGCCCCUGAGCCAGUGGACAACCAUGACUCUGCCGGUCUGGCUGGAGCCCUGGCCCACCUGACCCUUGGUGCGCCGCGCUCGGCCGAGCAGACGGCUUUGGAGGACCAGCUCCGGCGACAGGCCUGGGAGCAGGGCCACAUCGACUACAUGGGUCGUGACUCCUUCGACAACAUUUGGAGCAGAGUCCUCCAGUCCAUGGGCGAGACUCCGGAACCUGUCGCAGAGGAAGCGCCGGCAGCUACCCCUGCACCUGCAGCUGCGCCCGCCCCUGCCCCUGCGCCUGCCCCUGCCCCUGCACCCGCCCCUGCCCCUGCGUCCGCCCCUGCGCCUGCGCCCGCCCCUGCGCCUGCACCCGCCCCUGCGCCUGCGCCCGCCCCUGCACCAGCACCCGAGCCCGCCCCCGCACCGGUAGCUGCACCAGCCCCGGCCCCCGCACCGGCCCCCGCCUCGGUAGCAGCGCCAGCGCCCGCUGCUUCACCUGCUCCGGCACCUGCUGCUCCUCCAGCUGCACCUGCGCCCGCACUAGCCGCCGUCCCCGCAUCACCACCCACGCCCACCGUCACCACCGCCACCCCACCCACGUCACCGCCGGUGGGUGCCCCUCCUCAGCCGCAGCCCUCGCCCGAGGCCCUCAAGGUGGAUCCUACCCCUCCUGGAACACCCCCUGUCGCAGCCCAGGCCGAGGGCUCGGAACCACUAGACCCGAACGCACCCAUCCCUCCCAAGAGGAAAGGCUCCGGUUGCACUGAUGCAGAUAGCACAAGCGAAUCUGGCUCGUAUUGUAGCCUUGCUUAGUUCUUCACUGCUCCUACGACUGAUCACUAUGCUAGUCUGAAAAGCAAGUAUUUUGUUAACUGAAAAAGUGAUUACCUUAUCUUUUUCUCUCAGUUUUUUAAAGCAGAAAAGUCAUUAGUAAAAUCUAAGUGCCAAAUGUGUGCCAUAUUGAGAAUCUCAAAGUUCCUUCCUGCUGAGACUCUUAGUCUUCGGUUGUUUUUAUGUGGCAUCUAAGCUUUAUUAAAUUAUUGAGACAAUAGUUUUUAUGCUACUCAUGGUUUAAAGUCAUAUUUUUGUAAAUGUCUAAGUUUUAUUGAAAUUUAUUGUUGAUGUUUUGUGUGGCCAAGUUUGAAGUAAAUGUAUUAUUUGUAUGUUAAAAUUUUAUAUUAAAAAUGUUGUUUUUCUUACAAAUUUUAAGAUGAUGUUCUGGAAUUAGAAUGACUGAUGUUGAGAGGGAUUACUUGUGAAACAAGAGCCUAUGUUACAAAUUUUCUACUUACUGUGCCAUUUGCUAUGUCUAUUUUCUAGCUUUAUGAAUUUGUUGCCAUGAAUUGUUAAACCAUAUUCUUAAUCAAAACCACUGCCUUCCACACUUAACACGUAUAUUCUUUGUCUAUAGUCUAGUCUGUUUUAUGACAAUAAGGGUAGUGUAAGUGGGGGAAGGAAUUUUGUAUUGAUUGAAUAAACAUAUCUAAACAUAA